AGAGUAAGAGUGCUACUAAUUUCAUAGAAGGUUAUACAACCACAGUUUCUUCAGUGGUUCACUAGGAUUUACCCCAUUGUUACAGACCUGCUGACCAGAGAAGUUGCAAAAGAAAUGAUGACACAUCGAUUGAUGCGUAGAUCUGUGACAGAUUUGGCUGAUGUACACUGGCGCGAGAAUACUUCAACAAGGUUGCCCUUAGCUAAUGUCUCUGGUUGGGAAGUUAAGACUUGUCGGUGUGAUGCAAACAAGCAGUUCACUACUUCACUUCCCUCUUGCACACAAUAGUGAUUAGGUUUAUUUUUAGUGACUCAGCAGUGACUUGGCUGAUGUACACCGGCGUAAGAAUACUCCAAUAAGGCUGCCCUUAGGCAAUACCUCUGGUUAAGAAGUUAAGACGUGUCGGUAUGAUCCAAAUACACAGUUCACUUCCCUCUUGCCACGGGAUGUACUGGCAUCACAAAAUUUACAUGAGUGUAAUCCCACACGUUUUGGGUGUUUGCAUGGUGAACAAAUCAACCAGCAAACCAGGACUAGGAUUAGUUUUAAGAUGUACAGAAAUGCUCUUCUCGGAGUCCCAGUUAGUCACUGGUCUAAAGAGGAUUAUAAUCAGUCAUUCAGUCUUAUAAAGAUUAGAAUCAGAAACAUGAAAAGUUAAAUGGUUUUUAUGUGUGAGCACAUAUAACUAUGAUGGGUCGUUGAUUUUUCAAUGCAUAUAUAGUCGAACAUUCCGGCACGAUUUAUCCGGUGAGUUACAUUAAGUGUGUAUUUUUUUUUCGAGAAAACGCAAAGGACCUUUGCGUCUCAUUUCAUUGAAAAGAUAGGGUUUUUACAAGCCUCCUAGGAGGUGGGUUACAGGAAGUCUAAACUGUGUGUAUUGACAGACAGGUGUACAAUGUCUAGUUCUUGAGAAGUCAGAUUCUGAAUAAAGUUGCUUGGGAUUUUUUUUUCUAGAAUAAGCUGCUUGGGAUAGAAGACACAUCUAGUCUCCAGAAUUAUAGCAGUUAUAUUCGGACACAUGAAUGUUGUGAAUCACUGCGUCCUUAACUCGAGGAAACUGAUUAACUAUUCCAUGGGGAAGCUGCUCAUAUGCGGUUUCUUUAUAUCAGUACCGAAACCAUGCAUUUGACAUUAGCAAGGGGAGGUAGCCUAAAUUGCUGCAUGCUUUUCUUUCCUCUGCAUCUCAUAACUGUGUUCAACCAUGGGCUUCUUCUGGAGCUUCCUUCUGUCCUACCCUGAGAUCUUCCUAGCCCUAGUCUGCUUCUUCUGCCUCUCUCUCUUCCGCCUUGUCCGGAAGUGCCAGAAGAGCGCCAUCCCGGUGAACUGGCCUGUUGUUGGCAUGCUUCCCUUCCUCGUGAAAAAUCUGUACCACAUUCAUGACAAGGUCACCGAUAUGCUCCGUGAGGCGGGAUGCACCUUCAGGAUCAUUGGCCCAUGGUUCCUCAACAUGAACUUCUUGGCAACCUGCGACCCAGCCACUGUCAACCACUGCUUCAACACCAACUUCCACAACUACCCGAAAGGCAGUGAGUUUGCCGAGAUGUUUGACAUCCUAGGUGAGGGGCUGCUUGUGGCAGACUCUGAAUCCUGGGAGUACCAACGCCGUGUGGCGAUGCAAAUCUUUGCUAGCCGCGCCUUUCGGUCCUUCUCCAUGUCCACCAUCACGAGGAAGGCUGGCACAGUCUUGUUACCCUACCUUGACCACAUGGCUAAGCACGGCUCACAGGUUGAGCUGGAGGGCGUCUUCAUGAGGUUCUCGCUUGAUGUCUCGUACUCCACUGUGUUUGCAACUGACCUUGACUGCUUGUCUGUGUCUCGCCCGAUCCCUCUGUUUGGCCAAGCCACAAAGGAAGUGGAGGAGGGAAUGCUAUUCAGGCACGUCGUGCCACCGAGCUUGUGGAAGCUCUUGAGGACGCUCAAAGUUGGGAGCGAGAAGAAGAUGGCGAACGCAAGGGUGGUGAUUGACCAAUUCAUCUAUGAGGAAAUCUCGAAGCGGAAGGCACAAGCAGAGAAGGAAAGCCAAGGAGACGUGCUGUCCAUGUACAUGAAAUGGCCAAUGGAUCCCAGCAUGAGCGAGCAGCAGAAGACCCAGUUCCUGCGCGACACGGUGGUGGGGUUCAUCUUCGCUGGGAAGGACCUCGUUGCUGUCACACUCACGUGGUUCUUCUACAUGAUGUGCAAGCACCCGCAUGUCGAGGCGAAGAUCCUCGAGGAGAUCAAGGCCCUGCCGAGCACCACAUGGCCAGGGAACCUCUCUGUCUUUGAGUGCGAGAUGAUCCGUCCUGCUAUUUACCUGCAAGCCGCGCUCCUCGAGACACUCAGGCUCUUCCCGGCGACCCCAUUUGAGGAGAAGGAGGCCCUCAACGAUGAUGUCCUGCCAAACGGUACCAGGGUGAGCAAGGGCACAAGGAUCAUCUUCUCGCUCUAUGCCAUGGGGAGGAUCGAAGGGAUAUGGGGCAAGGACUGCGCAGAGUUCAGACCAGAGCGGUGGGUUUCGAAGAGCGGGCGCCUUCGCCACGAGCCGAGCUACAAGUUCCUGGCCUUCAAUUCCGGGCCCAGGAGCUGCCUGGGGAAGGACCUUGGCCUCAACAACAUGAAGAUCGCAGCUGCUUCCAUCAUAUACAACUUCAAGGUCGAGCUGGUGGAAGGCCAUGCUGUGAUGCCUGAAAGCUCUGUGAUAUUGCACACACGGAACGGGAUGAUGGUUAGGCUCAAGAGAAGGGAGGCAGCUGCUUGAUUUUUGCUGCCCUUUGCGCAUGAAACUAGGUGCGGAAUUACGGGUGGAUCGGAUAACUAAAGGCGUGGGCCAUCUGUUUGUAGUUUUAAGACACAAAAUAUUGUAGUGAUUGGUCUGAUUGUAUUUUAGUUAUUCUCAUGUAGAAUUUUAUCCAUGUAUUUACAAAGAAUAUGCAUCAUAUGAACAUCACUAUUCACU